CGGGAGCGAGGAACGCAGAGCCUGCCGCCACCGCCGAGCAGCCCUCCAGCCGUUCGGCGUCCGCUUGUCCGAGCGUCCUCCGCGGAUCGGCGGCGGGCCGGCGGCCGAACCCAUGCAGCCGCGCAGCGAGCGCCCGGCCGGCAGGACGCAAAGUCCAGAGCACGGCAGCCCGGGGCCCGCGCCCGAGGCGCCGCCGCCGCCGCCGCCGCCGCCGCAGCCGGCAGCCCCCGAGGCAGAGCGUGCCCGGCCCCGGCAGGCCCGGCCCACGGGCCCCAUGGAGGGUGCAGUGCAGCUGCUGAGCCGCGAGGGCCACACCGUAUCCCACAACUCCAAGCGGCACUACCACGAUGCCUUCGUGGCCAUGAGCCGCAUGCGGCAGCGCGGCCUCCUGUGUGACAUCGUCUUGCACGUGGCUGCUAAGGAGAUCCGGGCACACAAGGUGGUGCUGGCCUCCUGCAGCCCCUACUUCCACGCCAUGUUCACAAAUGAGAUGAGUGAGAGCCGUCAGACGCAUGUGACGCUGCACGAUAUCGACCCUCAGGCCUUGGACCAGCUGGUGCAGUUUGCGUACACGGCCGAGAUCGUGGUGGGGGAAGGCAACGUGCAGACUCUGCUCCCGGCCGCCAGCCUUCUGCAGCUGAAUGGGGUCCGUGAUGCCUGCUGCAAGUUCCUGCUGAGUCAGCUCGACCCCUCCAACUGUCUGGGCAUCCGGGGCUUCGCCGACACACACUCGUGCAGUGACCUGCUCAAGGCGGCACACAGGUACGUGCUGCAGCACUUCGUGGACGUGGCCAAGACUGAGGAGUUCAUGCUGUUGCCGCUGAAGCAGGUGCUGGAACUGGUUUCUAGCGACAGCCUGAACGUGCCUUCAGAGGAGGACGUCUACCGUGCCGUCCUGAGUUGGGUCAAGCACGACGUGGAUACCCGGAGGCAGCACGUUCCUCGGCUGAUGAAGUGUGUACGCCUGCCCCUGCUGAGCCGGGACUUCCUGCUGGGCCACGUGGACGCCGAGAGCCUGGUGCGGCACCACCCAGACUGCAAGGACCUACUCAUUGAGGCCCUCAAGUUCCACCUGCUGCCCGAGCAGAGGGGCGUCCUGGGCAGCAGCCGCACCCGGCCCCGGCGCUGUGAGGGCGCUGGCCCUGUGCUCUUCGCUGUGGGUGGUGGGAGCCUGUUCGCCAUCCACGGCGACUGUGAAGCGUACGACACACGCGCUGACCGCUGGCAUGUGGUGGCCUCGAUGUCCGCGCGCCGGGCCCGGGUGGGCGUGGCGGCAGUCGGGAACCGGCUGUAUGCCGUGGGCGGUUACGAUGGGACUUCAGACCUGGCCACCGUAGAGUCCUACGACCCUGUGACCAACACCUGGCAGCCUGAGGUGUCCAUGGGCACAAGGCGCAGCUGCCUGGGUGUGGCUGCCCUGCACGGGCUCCUGUAUGCAGCCGGUGGCUACGAUGGGGCCUCUUGCCUCAACAGUGCCGAGCGCUACGACCCCCUGACGGGAACAUGGACGUCGAUCGCCGCCAUGAGCACCCGGAGGCGAUAUGUGCGCGUGGCCAUGCUCGAUGGGAACCUGUAUGCCGUGGGCGGUUAUGACAGCUCGUCACACCUGGCCACCGUGGAGAAGUAUGAGCCCCAGGUGAGCUCCUGGACGCCCGUGGCCUCCAUGCUGAGCCGGCGCAGCUCCGCGGGUGUGGCGGUGCUGGAGGGGGCCCUCUACGUGGCUGGUGGCAAUGACGGCACCAGCUGCCUCAACUCUGUGGAGAGAUACAGCCCCAAGGCGGGUGCCUGGGAGAGUGUGGCACCCAUGAACAUCCGAAGGAGCACACACGACCUGGUGUCCAUGGAUGGCUGGCUGUACGCCGUAGGGGGCAACGAUGGCAGUUCCAGCCUCAACUCCAUUGAGAAGUACAACCCGAGGACCAACAAGUGGGUGGCCGCGUCCUGCAUGUUCACGCGGCGCAGCAGCGUGGGCGUGGCAGUGCUCGAGCUGCUCAACUUCCCGCCGCCCUCUUCGCCCACGCUGUCCGUGUCGUCCACCAGCCUCUGACCCGUGGUGCGGCUGCGCAGAGACCCGCCCGCGGCCUCCCACGUGCCUUAAGCCCCCUGGGCCCAGCGCCUGCCUCCCCUGCGCGUGGGGCGGGGCUCGGCCCCCACCAGGAACGUCCGGGGCCGUCUGUCCAGUCUCCGCGCGUCUAGGCCGCGGCUUUCUGUGUUCCUUCCUCGGUGUGUGUUUGUGUGUGCCGUUUAUUUAUUCACUCGUUUAUUUAUUGACUGGUGGUGAGCAGGCUGCAGCUGCCAGUCUCUCCGUUUACUUUUAAAGUGUCCUGUCUCUGGGACCAAGCUGCCCUCCUGGGUGUCCUCCCACCGUGCUAGGGGCACUGGGGAGCGACAGGGUGGACACUGGCGUUGCCCGUGGGUAAGGGGCCAACUUGGACUCUCUAGACCUGGAGGGACCGAGGGGUGAUGCAGAGCACUUAUGCGGGGGGACUUUCUGAGCAGGUGCAGACCCCCAGCCUGAGCUGUGCACACCUCCUUGCCUCGCCCAGCCAGGCACACUCCCGGCGGGGGCGGGCACGAAUCGGGCUUCCUUCCCAUGGCUGUGGUGUCAUUUCUGGAUCCUGCACUGAGCUGGGCACACGUGCACCGCAGGCCGCAUACAGCAAUAUGAGCCCCUUGAACAAUAAACACAUUUCCUGGGCUCUG